AUGUUUGCCUUCGAGCAGUGGUUUGAGAAAGCUGCAUCACAAGGUCCUGAACGCGAGAUCCCGAGUUCUGUUGCCAUUGCUGUUGAUCAAGAUGAUAUGAAUCAUCUACACGAAAUCCGUGGGCACCCAAUCCGAAAACCCCACCUUCCCUCUCGUCUCCAAACCCAUCUCUUCGGACACCGUCAUGUGGGUGGCCUCCUGCACCAAACUCCUCACCUCACCUCCAUCUCCCUCCUGCAGCUCAUAGAGCCCGAACUCCUCUCCCUCGACGCCCCCAUUGCCUCUCUCCUCCCCGAGCUAUCCGACCCCUCCGUCUUCACCGGCUUCAACUCCGCCACUGCCCCGGAGUUCACUAAGCCAGAAAAAGGGGUCACCGUAAGGAUGAUGAUGUCCCACCAGAGUGGGGUACGAUAUCGUGCACCCCUACAUCACGAAGCUGCGGACUGUCCCGGAUAA